UUUAAAAGUUGUUUGUUUUUAUAGAAAGCUGCUACUGAAUCCACACAAAGGCCAGACUUUGCCUCGUUCUUAUUCACCUAGUGUCACCACCUACCCUCAACACCACGUGAGCAGAAUCCUCUGUCCUGGCACAACUCCACUGCUACUUUGACCUCACACAUCUUUCCUGUAUAGAGUCAGCCGGUUUUCUGUUCUUGUCUUGUCUGAGGCACGGGAGCCAGGGAUCGGGUACUCCCAGAGUCGCACCAGGUCGGUUCCACAGCAGGCCAGGCUCUGCUCCGGACUCGCGUGGCUCUCCCCGAGGCCUCCAGCUCCUCAUGGCGGCGACACUGAGCGUGGAGCCCGCGGGCCGCAGCUGCUGGGACGAGCCGCUGGGCAUCGCCGUGCGCGGCCUGGCCCCCGAGCAGCCCGUCACGCUGCGCUCUGCCCUGCGCGACGAGAAGGGCGCGCUCUUCCGAGCCCACGCGCGCUACCGCGCUGACAACCACGGCGAGCUGGACCUGGCACGCGCGCCCGCGCUGGGCGGCAACUUCUCGGGGAUCGAGCCCAUGGGGCUGCUCUGGGCCAUGGAGUCCGAUCGGCCUUUCUGGCGCCUGAUCAAGCGCGACGUGCAGACGCCCUUCGUGGUGGAGCUGGAGGUGCUGGACGGACACGAGCCCGACGGCGGGCGGCUGCUGGCGCGGGCGGUGCAUGAGCGUCACUUCAUGGCUCCCGGGGUGCGGCGCGUGCCCGUGCGCGAGGGCCGGGUGCGCGCCACACUUUUCCUGCCCCCAGGCAAGGGCCAGUUCCCUGGGAUCAUCGAUUUGUAUGGAAGUGUCGGUGGCUUAUAUGAACACAGAGCCAGCCUCCUGGCUGGGCAUGGUUUUGCCGUGCUUGCCCUGGCUUACUUCCGGUUUGAAGACCUCCCUGAGUAUUUGAGUGACGUUCACCUGGAGUACUUUGAAGAAGCCUUGGCCUUGAUGCUACGCCAUCCUCAGGUGAAAGGCCCAAAUAUUGGACUUCUUGGUAUCUCCAAAGGUGGUGACCUGUGCCUCUCGAUGGCUGCUUUCCUGAAGGACAACAUCACGGCCACUGUCCUUAUAAAUGCUUCUGUGGCCAACACAUUAGCGCCUCUGUAUUACAAGGAUCAGUUUGUUGUUCCUAAUCUUGGGUGUGACCCAACAAAAAGUAAGAUCACGGAGACAGGCCUUUUGGAUUUGAGGGAUAUGUGGAACAAUCCACUGGAGGAACCCAACCACCAGAGUCUCAUACCAUUGGAAAAGGCCCAGGGACCCUUCCUGUUUCUUGUGGGCAUGGAUGAUCACAACUGUAAGAGUGACGUCUAUGCUCAUAUAGCCUGUGAACGCCUGCAAGCCCAUGGAAAAGACAGACCCCAGAUAAUCUACUAUCCAGAAACUGGUCACUGUAUUGAGCCACCCUAUUUUCCUCCUCCCAUAGGCACUGUACAUUCUCUGGUGGGUAAAGCCGUCUUCUAUGGAGGUGAGCCAAGUGCUCAAUCAAGGGCACAGCUGGAUGCCUGGCAACGCAUUCAAACUUUCUUCCGAAAAUAUCUCAAUGGUGAAAAGCCUGCUGGACACAGCAAACUGUAACAUUGUAAUUAUAUUGAAAGUUCUAAUUAUGCCAUGCAGAUUCUUUUGGGUUUGCGGAGUACUAAAGAAGUUUGGGGGUUUUGGGGGAGGGGGAGGGAGGUAGGGACCCAGAUUGGGUCUCACAUUCACUAUGUAGACAUGGAAGAACUUCUAAUCCUCCUGCUUCCACCAUUCGAGGGCUGAUAUUGUAGUCCUACACUGUCACGCCUAGUGCUAUGCCUUGCCAAGGACAAAACCCAGGGUUUUCAUAUGAUGAGCAUCAAGGGACUAAGGGUGAUUCCGUGACAGGCUACAAACUGGCAAUUUGGGAGACUAGGCCUAAGUUUCUGUUUCCCAGAAAUGAGGAUCCAGAACCUGUGGUCAGCCAACCACAGCCUCAGGCAUCCAAUUCAAGAACACCUUGUCGUCUGGCCUGAAGUUAAAAUAGAUAGCUAAGAUAAAUGAACAACCCUUCAGUGAGGUUUCCAGAGCCUAACCAAUUAUAAACUUAGUCAGACCCCUAUUGAUAGAACUAACCAAUCAAGAUAAAGGAUGCAUCCCCCCUCCCUAGAAUUCCCCAGACAAUAAAAGCUGGGCCUUCAAGCCCACUAGAGGUCUCCAUUCCCAAAUGGGGAGUCAUUCAGCUAAAUAAAUGCUCUUUGCUUUGACAUACUAUUUAAAUCUGAGAUAUCGUUCUCUGGUGAUUCUUACAUCCCAACAGGCUAGCAUCCAGCCAACAAAGCUGCAUCCCCAGCUCCCUACGAAGCUCAUAGGGAGCUCAGCCUCCUUGUAAGGCUCCUACUGGACUCUGAGCCUUUGCAACAACUCUCCUCUCAGUGCUGGGGCUUCUCUCUCCCCUGAAUUUCAGCUAAUGGGUCUGUUUAACUCUGUAAGACCAACUUUAACCUUAAGUAAAAGAAUAUAAGAAGGAUUUGUACAACUCCCAGUUACUGGACUGUCUUUUAUUCUGCUUCCGAGGGAACCCACCUGCUGAAAGAAGACAUACAACAAAUAGAUUCUGUCUCUCUCUCUCUCUCUCUCUCUCUCUCUCUCUCUCUCUCUCUCUCUCUCUCUUUUUUUUUUAGCAGUUUUUAACAUGCCUGAAAUUUGCUCAAGACUUCACCCUGACCCCCAAGGUACUUAUCAAUAUAGUUACCGUCUUGUCUGAAUUACCGGUCACUGUGUGAUAUUUUCCUGUCUGGGGAAAAAGGUUUCGAUGUCAAGAUGACUAUGACUAUGAAAGGUGAGCCAGAGCCUAUGACUUUGGGCACAGUUCUGCCCACAGAGUCACUUUCUCCCAUCCCUGUCUGCUCUUAUUACAACCGAGAAGACUUCCCACUAGUUGUAGUGAAGCAUUAGCUAGUCCUGAGAUUCCAGAGUAGAGGAUCUUCCCUGAGCACAAGAACGUCUUCCAGACUUCAGGACAAACCCCAUGGUUUCCUGGCUGUAACCAGAACCUCUCACCAAGCCAGUAGCUUUCACUUCUCUUUUCUCUGAGUGGUAGGCUAAGAGCCUUUGCAUCUUGCGUGCUGUCCCACUGUUAGAUAGAACAUAAACAUGACCAUCCAAGCCUUGUUGUUGUUUGUACAGCCGGACAAACUUGCAGCCGGACAAACUUGUAACCUCAUGACCUCAGCUUUCAUGAUAAAGCCUUGAACACAAGUACAGUCAAAUCCUCUGAGCUCUGAACUUCUAGCCAUUCCUCAAACAUGGGCUGAGUGAAUAAAUCUGUGCAUGAUAAUUUGGGCUCAUUGUGGCUGCUGUUUUCUCUGUUCAUUUGUUUCUCCUUAAACAGGGCCCAUUCGUUUUGAAAAUAAAAUGUGUUUUGG